AUGCGGGGACUCCAUCCGGUUAUAGACAUCCUUCUCCAAGCCCAGAUAAAUGCCGCCGGCGUGAUCGGGCUUUCUACAGCUCUUCGCAUACAAAAACACCUGAGACACUCUCAAUCCAUCCUCAUAGUCGCCAAAGACUUCCCCAACACAACCUCCCUCAAUUAUGCCUCCCCAUGGGCAGGCGCGCACUACCGACCCGUCCCUGAGUCAUCUGCACAAUUCCUCAAGGAGGAAUCCCAGGCGAGACGUACAUAUGACCAUUUCAAGACCCUCGUAGCGCAAGACCCUUCUGCAGGCGUCCAAUGCAUCGAGGGAAUCGAGCAUCUUGAGUCUCCGCCUCCGGAAUACCUCGACGAGACGAGUAUCCACAAUGCGUAUUCGCAUGUAGAUGGGUUCCAGCAAUUGUCGCCAGAGGAAUGUCCCUCUCCAGUUAAAUGGGGCGCACGUUAUCGCACAUUUAUUGUUAAUUCGCCGUUGUAUUGUGCAUAUAUGCUGCGCCAGUGUAUCGUGAAAGGGGGCCAGAUUAGAGAAUAUACCCUCGUUAAUGUAAUGGAGGCGUUUCAUCUAGCUGGCAAUGUCAAAACAGUGGUGAAUUGCUCUGGGAUGGGCUUUGGUGAUCCAAAAUCGUACAUCAUACGGGGCCAAACAUGUCUUGUUCGCAAUCCAUGCAAGAUGACACUCACUCGACAAAACUCAGACGGCACAUGGUCCUUCUGUAUCCCCCGUCCAUUAGGCGGUGGUACAAUUAUCGGAGGAACAAAACAGCCUCACAACUGGGACCCUAAUCCAUCAAUAGAGACCAGAAAACAGCUCCUAUCCAACGCGGCGAAAUGGUUCCCCUUUACUCCGGAAAGCGAGGGCAAGUUCGACGUCAUCUGUGACAUUGUCGGGCGACGGCCGGCGAGAGAGGGUGGAAUGAGGUUAGAGGCAGAGAAGGUCGUCGGUGACAGGUUUAUUGUUCAUGCUUAUGGGGCUGGGGGACGCGGGUAUGAACUAUCUUGGGGAGUGGCGGAAGAUGUUGUCCUGUUGAUGUGCAAGAAUGGGUUGGUCAGUGAAAAACCUUUAUUGUGA